AUGGCACGCCCAGUGAAAAGAGCAGCCUCCGAGGAGCAGCAUGCUCCCAAGAAGCGGUGCACGUCACGAGGCCCUCAUACCCCGCCCGUGUCGCGCGAUCACAAUGUCAAGCCCUUCAACAUCCAAGACGCCAGGGUGUCAUCGGAGAAGCUCAGUCAGGCACUCCUGGGCAGCACAUCGGGAGCAGGCCGAGAGCCUUCCCCCUCUGCGGAAGGAACACUCCAGCCCGCACCUAGGAUGCUCAGUGCGCCGCCAGCCCUCAGCCCGCCAGAGAAGCUCUCAAGCAUCGUGCGGAAGAUCCCCGCCUCCUCAGGCUCGGCAGACAUGGACCUGAGUGAUGACAGCGCUCCGGCGUCAGACCCUGACAAGAACACGGCUACGGCAACGCGUAACUCCACGCCCGCUACAGAACAUAAAGAGACACCCGAGGAGAAUGUCACGGCCGACAUGGAUGAAGCCGAAACGGGAUCAGAGCCGGGAUCAGAGAUGGACGAAGACGAGGUGGAGACGCCGGCCACCGAGACCGAGAGCGUGGCCGCAGAGACCGCGGAGCAGGAUAUGGAUUCCAGCGAUUCGGAGUCAGAUGACGUUGAGAUGAGCACUCUGCCAGACCAAUUCAUUGACAUGACCGGCGGCGAAAGUGAACUUCACGCCUCCAGCUCCCCCGAAUCCCUCGAUGAGGAGCCCCUUCCCCCAGCCGUCUUCCAAAUCUCUGACAUCGACGACGCCGACGACGCUCGUCGGCGCCUCGGGGCGGUCGAGCGGCUCAUCGGGCCCGCUGCGUUCGACAAGAUCCCCCGGAACGCCUGGCGCUCGUACAUGGCCCAGCUGGAGCGGCAGCGCACCAGGCUGCGCGCGAUGAACCACGAGAACCGCCUGAACCACAUCAAGCGGAUCAUUUACCUGGCCGAGGAGAUGGAGCUGCUGUACUACGGCGACGCGGAGCGCAUGACCUGCGCGAUACACCUGUGCAGGGUCGUCACGGAGGUCCUGGGCUCCGACGACGAGGCCAUCAACAGGGAGAUGAGCGCGUGGGUCGAUAUGCACACCCGGGACAUUGUGUGGAAGCUCAAGCUGACGGCGGCGGCUCGCGAUUUAUUGCCCAUCUCGAGGGGCGCGGUGCGGGACGGAGGUGAUGGACUACACAUGGACGGGGCGUGA